CAGUUCAAGUUUGACUUUUAAAGGAACCAAAAGAAAAUGGACUUGCUUCUGUUAUUCAUUAUUUCAAUUUGUAUAUUUCUUGGAUGGUAUUAUACAAAGUAUCGUGAGACAUUAGCUAUCGUGUCUAAAUUGCCUGGACCUCCACGAUGGCCAAUUUUUGGAAAUGCUUUUUUAUUUAUGGGAAAAUCACCUGCAGAACUGUUAGUAAAGCUCACAGCUGUUGUUGAAAAAUAUCCAAAAUUUACAUGCUUAAUGCUUGGACCACAACCAGAGAUUUUAAUAAUGGAUCCAAAAUUAGCAGAACAGCUUUUAAACAGUCAAAAACUAAUCGACAAGGCAGGCGAAUAUGACUUUUUACUCGACUGGAUUGGAACAGGUCUUUUGACAUCCACAGGCAAUAAAUGGUUCCAAAGACGUAAAAUUAUUACUCCAGCAUUUCAUUUCAAGAUUUUGGAUCAGUUUGUGGAAGUCUUUGACAAGCACAGCAACAUCUUUAUCCAAAACUUGAAGAAAUCAAAUGGAAAGCCAGUCGAUGUUUUUGAAUUAAUUUCACUUUGUGCUUUGGAUAACAUUUGCGAAACUGCAAUGGGAAUCGACAUACAAGCUCAAAUCAAAUCAGAUUCAGUCUAUGUGAAGGCUGUUAAAGAAAUUACUUUAUUGCUGAUGAUGAGAAUUUUUACCUUCUACUUCCGUCCCAAUUUCAUCUACAAUCUAACACCAUAUAAAAAAAGGCAUGAUGAGCUUGUCAAAAUUUUACAUGACUUUACAGACAGCGUGAUUAUGAAUCGACGAGAAGAAGUUCUAAAAUUAGAAUUUGAAGAACUAGAAGAAUUAGAGCAAUUAAAAGCAGAGGAAUCUGGUACUAAAAAGAUUGAUCAUGAAGACAUUGGAGCUAAGAAGAAAAUGGCAUUUUUGGAUGUCCUUUUACGUUCCUCAUUCAAUAACAAUCCACUGACAAACAUGGACAUUCGCGAAGAAGUCGACACAUUCAUGUUUGAAGGACAUGAUACAACUAGCAGUGGACUUGGAUUUUGCCUUUACAGCUUAGCUAAAAAUCCAGACAUCCAACAGAAAGCUUACGAAGAGGCUAUUCAUAUCCUUGGAACUGACUCAACAGCUCCUGUAACAAUUAAUCUUUUGAAUGACUUGAACUACCUUGAAAUGGUUAUUAAGGAGACAUUAAGGCUUUAUCCAAGUGUACCAUUGUUUGGUAGGAAGAUGAAGGAAAACACUCAAAUUGGUCCAUAUUUAGUGCCAAAAGGGGCUAAUGUUGGAGUUUGUCCUUACUUCAUGGCUAGAGAUCCAACUUUGUGGGAAGAUCCUUUGAAGUUUGAUCCUGAAAGAUUUUCAUCAAACAAACAACAAUCACAUCCUUAUUUGUAUACACCGUUUAGUGCUGGUCCAAGGAACUGCGUUGGUCAGAAGUUUGCAAUGUUAGAGAUGAAGACAACUGUAUCCAAAGUUUUAAGACAUUUCGAGUUAAGCGUUAUGCCUGGUUUUGAACCCGUUGCCAUUUCAGAAUUGAUUUUGAGACCUGAGAAUGGAAUAUGGUUGCAAUUAAAGGAAAGGAAGGUUUAGUAACUACAAUGUACUCUACAAAGUGAUAUUUUUUGAAAUUAAUGUUUUAUAUGAAUCAGGAUAAAACCCUGAUCAAGUCAAUAAAAUGAUUGAAUAAAUCAAUUUUUGAACGAAAGCUCAAAAUUUAAGUUAAAACGUUUUUUUAAAA